AUGACAAGCGCUCAAUCGCGGUUCCUCCUCCGACAGCAGUCCCUCCUCCGGCCCCUACAGCAGUUCCAACAGGAGUUCCAACAGAAGUUCCAACAGGCGUUCCGACAGGAGUAUCAACAGGCGUUCCAUCUCCACCAAAUCCGACCUUUACCCUACCACCUGUUUCGGGUGGCGGACCUCCAGGCUUGUCUACAGGUAUGGUUACAUUACAAAUCAUCUGGAAGUCUUCUCUAUAUGCUGAUCCCGAACCAGGCUAUACGGUUGGUACCGCAGUUCCGCGCGCAUAACAACAAGAAGAAGAAGUUGCGACUAUCUGUUAGUAACGGGUCAGCGCUAGCAAAUAAGCUUGAAGAAGAGAAGACGGAGAAGGUCAAGGCCAACGGUGUUCCAGAGAGGAAGCCACUGCUGAUGAACCCUAAUGCUUCUGGAACAGGGACAGGAACUUAUGGGAGGAAGCUAGACGGCGGAAGGACUCUGAAGUCUACCAAUACGCUGUGA